AUGGCUCCAAAAUUUCUAGAGGAGAGUAUGACGCUCCUCCGCCCGCUCCGACUCCUAUGCAUAGCAGCAUACCACUUCGUAAUGACUAUUUUUGAGGUCAUCUUUAUGGAAUGGAGUCCCUUUACCCUCUUCAAUAUCACGAAGCUGCGCUUUAAAUCCUUUGCUCGUCUCUGGAAACACAAUGGCGAAGCAAUGUCUACCGAGAUGCCUGGCCCCACAUUCCAACUGCUCUCGCAGUGUAAAGGCGUCAUCCUGGAUAUUGGUCCAGGAUCUGGAGAAAUGCUUGCACGGUUCAACCCGGAGUUGAUCACCGCUGUAUAUGGUGCUGAGCCUGCUGAGGAUCUCCACCUGGGGUUACUGCUAAAUGCAAAGAAGGGAGGACUGGGAAGCAAGUUCCAUGCCCUGCUUUGUGGUGCACAACCCGAGAGUCUAAUUCCAGCACUGCACAAGAGUGGGAUCUUGGACGUCAGUGGGAAAGGCGGAUUGGCUUCCGAUGGGAUUUUUGACGAAAUCUGCUGUACCCGUGUGCUUUGCGGUGUUCCGCAUCCCGCGCAAACUAUUAAAAGUCUAUACAGCCUUCUAAAACCUGGCGGCCGUAUGGUGAUUUGCGAGCACGUCGUCAACCCCUGGAGGUCUGAGGGCAGUGUAGCAGCUCGGUUUAUGCAACUUGUAUACACGGUUUUGGGCUGGCCAUUCUUCAUGGGUGGGUGCGAAUUGCAAAGACACACACCGGACUACCUGCGGGAUGCGGGAGAGUGGGAUAAGUACGACUUGAAGUACUACGGGGCGAGAGAUGCCAUUCCCUUUAUCGUUGGUGAGCUGAUAAAGAAAGACGGUGGGAUGGAGAAGAGUUAUGCGGAGGCUGUAAAGGAGUAG